GUCUGGUACUAAUAUACUUUAAAGUUCUUCAGGGUUUACUAGUUAUCUUCUGCUUGAGGGGGUUUAUUUGCCUUCUGCAGUGGAAUGGAAUGGGUGCAUUGUGGCGGAGUGAGUGCAUGGUGGCAGUGGCAGUGAGAGUAAGUGCGAGUGAGAUUGGGAGUCAGGGGGGGAUGGAAUGGAUGGCAUGUUGCAUUUUGUGGGAUUUGAUGGUAUGCUUAGAUGUGUAUUUCUUGAAUGAUUCUUAUGCAGGAGAAAAGUUAGUAUUUGGGGGCGAGAAUGGGGAGUUUCUUCGUGUAGAAUGAUGACUUGUGAUGGUGGUUGAUGGAUGUGGAUUGAUGUUUGCUUUGUUUGCUUGAGUAUCUGGUGAUGGCUUCACUUUCCCUUCCACUUCCGGCUUCUCGCUCUCUCUUCCCCGCUGUUCACUGCCCCA